AUGUACAUGUUGACUAUAAUAUUGCUGACUCUCAGAACCACUAAUGUAUUCGCCGGCAUCCUAGGAGAUGGUCGAAAGCAAUCAGUGGCUGUAAGCGGCCACCUUCUCUGCAAUGAAAAACCAGCCGCGAAUAUAAGGCUCAAGCUAUACGAUAAGGAAAUAUUGCUUGAUUACAAACUGGACGAAGGAAAGACUGAUUCAAGUGGCGCUUUUUACUUACGAGGAAGUAAGAAGGAAAUUACUAACAUAGAUCCAAAACUGAACAUCUACCACAAGUGCAACUACAGCGGACCGUGUGUCAAAAAGCUGAGCAUCAUCAUUCCGGACGAGUACAUUACCGAAAGCAGCACGCCACAGUUGGUAUUCAACAUUGGAACAAUCAAUCUGGCAGGAAUGAUAUCGGGAGAAGAGAUAGAUUGCAUCAAUUGA